UACCAUCGGCCUGUUUAUUUAUUUUGAGGUGAUUGUUUACUAAAUAAAAGUUAAAUUGCGAAAUCUUUCAAAAUAAGAUGAAUAAAACGUAAAUAAAAUACACGUUAACAAUUCUUAAUUACAUUAUUAAAUAAAUUGUUUUAUUAUUAGUUUGUAGAAGUGGCUGGCAAGUGAUUUGUGAAAAACAACCACUAAAACUAAAAGUUAUAAAAGUAGAAGUACUGAAGUGAAAGAUGAGUUCAUCCACGAGAUCGAAUCUUAACAACAACCCGAUGCCAACUACAUCAUCAUACCCGAAUGAGGACCCCACCACCUCCUCCUCAUCGUCUUCAUCCUCCUCACAACGACCGUCUGCUGGUCCAUCAACUUCUUCAGGCAGCAACAACAGCAGCCAAGAUAACAACAGCAGCAACACUAGUGGAGCCUUUGAAUGCAAUAUUUGCCUGGACACUGCCAGAGAUGCUGUGGUCAGUAUGUGUGGACAUCUGUUCUGCUGGCCUUGUUUGCACCAGUGGUUAGAGACGAGGCCUUCGAGAAAAACAUGCCCUGUAUGCAAGGCAGGCAUCAGUAAGAGCAAGGUUAUCCCUCUCUAUGGUAGGGGUAAUACAAACCAUCAAGACCCCAGAGAUAAAGUACCACCAAGACCUCAAGGACAGAGAUCAGAGCCUGAAAACACCAAUAGUUUUCCAGGUUUCGGGUUCGGGGAGGGUGCCGGAUUCCAGAUGUCGUUUGGCAUCGGGGCAUUUCCAUUUGGAUUUUUCGCCUCAACGUUCAAUCAGGGAGACGGAAGAAAUCAGAAUGGGAUAAAUGCCCCCCACCCUGAUGAAAGAUUCUUAAACAGAGUUUUCCUAAUCAUCGCUCUGUUGUUUCUCUUCUGGCUGAUGAUGGCUUAG